AUGAACAAAUCCAAAUUUACAUAGAAAAACGUUGUUAGAUCAUGCACAUUGAGUUCAACCCAUUAAAAUCCAAUACUUCUAAUGCUCAAUCCAAACACCAAGUUUAUUGACAUAAUGAAAUUGAUUCAGAUCGUUUGGAGAUAAAACGCAGAUUAAUUAAGACUCUUUUUAUGUGAUGGAACUGAAAUCGAAGAAACAGACCUAAUUAAUAUCAAGAAAGGCACGCAUUUGUUUGCUCUAUUGAAAAAUGAGGAGAAAGAUUUAAUGAAUUUAAAGUUAGGCUAUGAUAUCAUAAAAAGAAUAGGGGAAGGUGGAUAAGCACUAGUAUUUUUGGGAAAGCACAAAGUAACUAAUGAGUUAGUGGCCAUAAAGAAGGUAAGUGCAGCUACUUAGUAAGAUUAAGCGUUGGAAAUGCUGGAACAAGAAUCUCUGAUACUAAAACAAUUAGAUCAUCAAAAUAUAGUAAAAUUAUAUGAGAAAUUUGUAUGUUCAGAAUCCAAAGAAGUCAUUCUGAUUAUGGAGUACUUACAUGGAGGAUAAUUAUUAGCUCAGGCAAAUUCUUAAUUAACCGAAGUUUAAGCUAAACACUUUUCCAAUCAAAUAGUAGAUGCUAUUGCUUAUUGUCAUGAAAGAAAAAUCGUUCAUUGUGAUUUAAAAUUAGAAAAUAUUAUGCUUUCAACACCUUCUUAAAAAUCAAUAAAAAUAAUUGAUUUUGGAGUUUCCAAUUAUUUCGGACAACCUUUUGAUAAAGACAAUAUUCUAGGAACUCUCUCCUAUUUGGCUCCAGAAGUAUUGUCUACUUCAUAUAAAUUCAUUCAACCUGGCUAAGAUGUUUGGGCAAUCGGGUGCAUAAUAUAUGGAUUAGUCUUUGGGAAACUUCCAUUCGAAGGUAACAGUCCCUCUGAAACAUAUCGAAACAUUCUAUCGUGCAAUUAUUAGAUUCCAAAAAAGUCAGUGUCCAAGGAACUUAUGCACUUGCUGAGUAUAAUAUUUGUAGCGAAUCCAAAGGAGAGAGCCAACAUUUUUGAUAUAUAAUCUCAUCGUUGGUUAAAUGAACAUGCAAAGAUACUUAAGUUAAAUAUCAAUGGAAUUAAUAUUCGUAUUGGGAGGUCUUCUAGUGUUGUUAAAAUGCAUUCGACAAGAAAAUCAAAUGAUGAAGACUAUGGUUAAGUCAUUAGUUAAAGAAAAAUAGCAUGUAGUAGAAGAUCUGUUACUAGACUGGAUAAAAUAUCCUUUGUAGUAAAAUAUAAAUGA